GGCAAACACAGGCGGGUGUAGACCUGUGCGUCUCCUUUACUCGCAGCCCGCCCAUUUCUUACAAAGUUGCUAUGGAUUGUAUGCGUUGAUGAUCGUAGCAGUAAUCUUAGUGUGAUACACAAUAGGUGCAGUGUGACAAGAUCCAUUUUAAGCGUGUAGUUUCUCACUUUCUAACGUUUAUUCACAUUUUACCCGCCCCACGACGCUGAGGCAAGAUGGCGGACAUUGACGUGAACGAUCCUGAACUGAAGUACUUGGUGGUGUCGCGGGAUACGUUUGAGGAUCCUGCUUCCCAGGCCGAGUGGACACAAAAGAGGCUGGUGUGGAUCCCCCAUGGAGACCAUGGCUUCGUGGCAGCCGGUAUUAAGGGAGAAGUUGGAGAUGAAGUCGAGGUGGAGAUCGCCGACACGGGCAAGCGUGUCCGUGUGGCCAAAGAUGACAUCCAGAAGAUGAACCCUCCAAAAUUCAACAAAGUGGAAGAUAUGGCCGAGCUCACCUGCCUUAACGAAGCUUCAGUCCUACACAACCUCAAGGAGCGAUACUAUUCCGGUCUCAUUUACACGUACUCCGGCCUGUUCUGUGUGGUGGUGAACCCGUACCGACGGCUGCCCAUCUACACGGAGAAGGUCAUUGAAAUGUACAAAGGCAAGAAGCGACACGAGAUGCCACCGCACGUGUUUGCUAUCACAGACUGCGCUUACAGGUCCAUGUUGCAAGAUCGGGAGGACCAGAGCAUCCUGUGUACGGGAGAGUCUGGCGCUGGUAAGACGGAGAACACCAAGAAGGUUAUCCAGUACCUGGCCUACGUCGCCGCCUCCAAGGCCAAGGGCGGAGCAUCCGGCGAGGAACAGACACAACAACAUACGGGCAACGUCUACAAGUCCGCCGCUCACCAAGAGAACAAGAACAUUGCGGGAGAGCUCGAGGCACAGCUUCUGCAAGCAAACCCCAUUCUUGAAGCAUUUGGUAAUGCCAAGACAGUAAAAAAUGACAACUCUUCAAGAUUUGGUAAAUUCAUCCGCAUCAACUUUGACAACUCUGGUUAUAUUGCCGGUGCCAAUAUUGAAACUUACCUGCUUGAAAAGUCCCGAGCCAUUCGUCAGACAUCUGAUGAACGCACAUUCCACAUUUUCUACCAGUUGUUGGCGGGAGCUAACCAACAGCAGAGAAAGGAUUUUAUACUGGAAGAUCCUAAGCACUACAAUUUCCUGACACGAGGGAAGAUCCAGGUGCCAGGCAUGGAUGAGGUCGCUGAGUUCCAAGCCACUGUUAAAGCUAUGCAGAUCAUGGGAAUGAAUAAUGAAGAUAUCCAGUCUGUCUUCAGAACUGUGUCUGCUGUGCUAAUGUUUGGUAACAUGCAGUUCAAGCAGGAACGUAGCUCAGACCAGGCUACCCUCCCAGACAAUACUGUCGCCCAGCAGGUGGCCCACCUAUUAGGACUUAAUGUGACUGACUUGGUGAGAGGAUUCUUGAAGCCACGCAUCAAAGUGGGUCGUGAGACUGUCACAAAAGCACAGAACAAAGAGCAGUGUGAGUUUGCUGUAGAGGCCAUCGCCAAGGCUUUGUAUGAGCGUCUGUUCAAGUGGAUUGUCAUGCGGAUCAACCGCUCGCUGGACCGCACCAAACGCCAAGGUGCAUCCUUCAUUGGCAUCCUUGAUAUAGCUGGUUUUGAAAUCUUUGCCAUGAACAGCUUUGAGCAGCUCUGCAUCAAUUACACAAAUGAGAAGUUACAGCAGUUGUUCAAUCACACUAUGUUCAUCCUUGAACAAGAGGAAUACCAGCGUGAAGGAAUUGAGUGGAAGUUCAUAGAUUUUGGCCUAGAUCUUCAACCCACCAUUGACCUCAUUGAGAAGCCAAUGGGUAUCUUGGCCCUUUUGGAUGAAGAGUGUUGGUUCCCCAAGGCUACUGACAAAACAUUCAUCGACAAGCUCAACACCUCUCACUCUGUCCACCCAAAGUUCUGCAAGUCAGAGUUUCGUGAUAAAGCUGACUUUGCCAUUGUCCAUUAUGCUGGCAAGGUAGAUUACUCAGGACACCAGUGGCUGAUGAAGAACAUGGACCCCCUUAACGAAAACAUUGUGUCAUUGCUUCAGGCAUCUCAGGAUCCUUUUAUGGUACAAAUCUGGAAAGAUGCUGAGAUUGUUGGAAUGGCACAGCAGGCAAUGGGAGACAGUCAGUUUGGCGCUCGCACCAGGAAAGGCAUGUUCCGUACAGUGAGUCAGCUUUACAAGGAACAGCUGACAAAGCUCAUGAUGACCCUGCGAAACACCAACCCCAAUUUUGUAAGAUGUAUAAUUCCUAAUCAUGACAAGCGUGCUGGCAAGAUUGAUGCAGGCCUAGUACUUGAUCAGCUGAGGUGUAAUGGUGUGCUUGAGGGUAUCAGGAUCUGUCGCCAGGGCUUCCCCAAUCGCAUCCCUUUCCAGGAGUUCCGCCAGCGUUAUGAGCUCCUCACUCCUAAUGUUAUCCCCAAGGGCUUUAUGGAUGGCAAAAAGGCCUGUGAGAUGAUGAUCCAAGCCCUGGAACUAGAACCAAAUUUGUACCGCAUUGGUCAGAGCAAGAUUUUCCUGAGGGCUGGUGUUCUGGCAUCUUUGGAGGAAGAGAGAGACAUCAAAAUGACAGAUCUCAUUGUACAAUUUCAGGCAUAUUGUCGUGGUAUGUUGGCACGUAAGAACUAUCAGAAGAGACUUCAGCAAUUGAAUGCCAUCAGAAUCAUCCAGCGUAAUUGUGCUGCUUACCUCAAGCUCCGUAAUUGGCAGUGGUGGCGCCUUUACACAAAGGUGAAGCCACUUCUUCAGGUAACCAAACAAGAAGAAAAGCUCGUGCAGAAAGAAGAAGAGCUUAAAAUGAUACAAAAUGUACUAGAAGGUCAAAAGAAAACUAAUGUAGACAUGGAAAAUAAAUUCCAGCAGGCUCUACAGGAAAAGAAUGUCUUAGCAGAACAAUUGCAAGCUGAGACAGAGUUAUGUGCUGAAGCUGAAGAGAUGAGGGCUCGUCUUUUAGCACGUAAACAAGAACUUGAAGAUAUUUUGCACGACAUGGAAACCAGACUUGAAGAAGAAGAGGAACGCACAGGAAGCCUUACAACAGAGAAAAAGAAGCUUCAGCUUCAGAUUCAGGACCUAGAAGAACAAUUAGAAGAGGAAGAGGCUGCACGGCAAAAACUUCAGCUUGAGAAAGUUCAGUGUGAUGCCAAAUUAAAAAAAUUCGAAGAAGAACAUGCACUUCUUGAGGAUAUAAACCAAAAAUUACUCAAAGAAAAGAAAUUAAUGGAAGAACGGUCAUCGGAUGUUUCGAGUACAUUAGCCGAGGAAGAAGAAAAAUCAAAGCACCUUAUGAAACUCAAAGCUAAGCAUGAAUCAAUGAUUACAGAUCUUGAGGACAGAAUGAAGAAAGAGCAGCAAGGUAGAUCAGAAUUAGAACGCUCUAAGAGGAAAUGUGAAACUGAUCUGAACGACUUGAAAGAACAGAUCAGUGAGAAAAAGAACCAAAUUCAUGAAGUACAGAUUCAUCUAGCCAAACGAGAGGAAGAAUUGGCUCAGGCUAUGAUGCGUGUUGAUGAAGAGGCUGCUGCCAAGUCACAACUGCAGAAAAGUAUGCGUGAAGUUGAAUCCCAGCUAAAUGAACUUCAGGAAGAUCUUGAAGCUGAACGAACCCUUAGAGCAAAGGCAGAGAAACAAAAGAGAGACCUGAAUGAGGAAUUGGAGGCACUUAAGAAUGAACUGUUGGAUUCCCUAGAUACAACAGCAGCACAGCAAGAACUACGUAGCAAGAGAGAGGAGGAGCUGGCCUCCCUCAAGAAGAGCUUAGAUGAUGAUCAAACAAUCCAUGAACAACAGAUUGCUGAGCUCCGCCAGAAACAUUCUCAUGCUUUAGAAAACCUUAAUGUGGAAAUUGAUCAGUUCAAGAAAUUAAAGAGUGGAUUAGAGAAGGCAAAGAAUCAACUUGAAGCUGAAAAUGCAGACUUUGCCAAUGAUCUGAAGAGUAUUACAUUAUCAAAGCAAGAAAGUGAAAAGAAGAGAAAACAAUGUGAAGCUGUAAUCUCUGACUUGCAGUUGAAGAUUGCAGAAUCUGACCGUAAUAGGUCUGAACUACAAGAACGCCAGAAUAGACUAGAACAAGAACUGAAUGCUGCAAAUAUUGCUAUGGAAGAAGCUGAUUCUAAGUCUAUGACAGCUAAUAACCAGUUGAAGAAUCUUGAAUCUCACUUACAAGAGAUACAAGGCUUGCUCGAGGAAGAAACCCGGCAGAAGCUGAACCUCAACUCUCGAGUACGUGGUCUUGAACAAGAGAAAGAUCACUUGCAGGAGUCUCUUGAUGAGGAAGAAAGUGCCAAGCGUAAUUUUGAGAAACAAGUUGCUACUCUACAAGUACAGUUAAGUGAGGCAAAGAAGAAGGCUGAUGAAGAGUCUGGAAAUGCACAACAACUGGAAGAGACACGCAAGCGUCAGAUGAAGGAAUUGGAAGAACUUCGUGCUCGUUUGUCAGAAUUGGAAGCAGCAAACGAGAAGUUAGAGAAGAGUAAACGCAAGUUGCAGGCAGAAUUAGAAGAUGCCCAAGUUGACAUUGAUGCCAACCGUGCCAAGGUUGUGGAACUGGAAAAGAAACAACGAAACUUUGAUAAACUGCUCAAUGAAGAGAAGGGUAACUAUGAGCGCUGUCAACAAGAAAAGGAAAAUUCAGAACGUGAGGCCAGGGAGAAGGAGACGAAGAUUCUCUCACUUAACAGAACUUUGGAGGAAUACAUGGAUCGUAUUGAGGACCUGGAAACUGUCAAGAAGCGAUUACAGAUUGAACUUGACGAUUUGGUUUCUACUCGAGGUACAGCGGAUAAGAAUGUCCAUGAAUUGGAAAAAGCAAAACGUGCCUUGGAUAGUCAAUUAGCAGAACAAAAGACUCAGAUUGAAGAGCUUGAAGAUGAACUACAGUUGACUGAAGAUGCCAAACUGCGACUAGAGGUGAAUAUGCAGGCCAUGAAAGCGCAGUUUGAACGUGACCUAAAUGCUCGAGAGGAACAGGGUGAGGAAAAACGACGGGGACUUGUGAAGCAGUUGCGUGAACUAGAGGCUGAGCUUGAAGAAGAACGCAAGCAACGCACAGCUGCAGUAACUGCUCGAAAGAAGUUGGAGGGUGAUCUUAAGGACAUGGAAGGUCAACUGGAGAUGAACAGCAAGGUCAAGGAUGAUGCCCUUAAACAAUUGAAACGAGCAGGAGCACAACUGAAGGAAUACCAGAGAGAGACAGAAGAAAGCAGAGCUUCACGUGAGGAGAUGGCUACACAGUACAAGGAAUUGGAAAGGAAGAUUAAAAUAAUGGAAACAGAGUUGCUUCAAUAUCAGGAAGAUCUUGCAUCUGCCGAGAGAUCUCGCAAGAAUGCGGAAAUUGAGAGAGAUGAACUUCAAGAGGAACUUAACCAAUACACAUCAAAGGCUACCUUGAGUGCAGAUGAGAAGAAGAGGCUUGAAGCUCGUAUCUCUGCCCUUGAAGAAGAACUGGAGGAGGAACAGAGCAACGUUGAGGUGCUUAUGGAUAAGAUGCGUAAGAACCAGCUAUCCAUGGAACAACUACAAACCGAUUACAACACGGAAAAAUCAUCGGUGGUAAAGCUCGAGGGUCAACGGUCCAUGCUGGAGCGACAGAACAAAGAGCUAAAGGCUAAACUGGCUGAACUGGAAGCUGAAAUCCGUUCAAAGACAAAAGCAACAAUAGCCGCACUGGAGUCGAAGGUUUCCAACUUGGAAGAACAACUUGAGGUUGAAGCUCGUGACCGCCUUAGUCAAGCAAAGGCCAAUCGUAAACUGGAGAAGAAGUUGAAGGAGCUGGUCAUGCAGGUGGAGGAUGAACGCCGUCAUGCUGAUCAGUAUAAGGAGCAGUUAGAUAAAUCAAAUGCUCGAGUGAAACAUCUUAAGCGCACCAUGGAAGAAACGGAAGAUGAAUUGUCAAAGGAGAAGAUGCAGCGUCGUAAAGCUCAACGUGAAGUGGAGGACAUGAUGGAAUCCCAAGAGGCACAGAACAGAGAAAUAUCCUCACUGAAGACCAAACUCAGCCAAGCUGAGGCUGAAAAGGUCUUAAAUCAAAUCACAAAACGAACAAAUCGUGGCCUGUGCAAGCUUAUGAAGAAUGCCUCGACUUCAAAUGUGAUUGAUCUAACUCAAGAUUUCAGUAGCAGUGAAGACGAGAAGCGAGGUGGUGCUGGACUCAGCUCCCGUCUUGAGUUCUUGGGGAUGAAGCGUGGAUCCAUUGCUGCAGCCAGUGACGACUCACAAAAUGCAGAUGAUUCUGUUGAUGGGGAGGAAGAUGCCACCAAGUGAAAAGCCAGCACACACCACAUCACUGGUCCCAGGACACACCCUCCUUGAGGGAUACCAUUGUUAAAUAUGCUUAUCCAAAAUCUCUCCACUUCAUCAUUACACAUUAAGAAAAUUCCUUGCACAUUGAUGUUGUCAAAAGAUGAAGUUUGGGGUUGACAAGUUUAAAGCAUUUUAGUUGUGUGGCUGCAUUAAAAAUUGCCAACAAUUUGACUAAAAUCAGUAUAUUUAAUACGUAUAGAAUUAGAACUAUUGGUCUAUCACUUUAAACAGUGUUCAGAUGUGGAUAUUAAAAUAUAUUUUAAUCUUAAAUAUUUAAAUAUGAAAAAUAAAAUUAUUUAUAGGAUCGUAUCUGUUGCAAUGGGUGUGUCUUCUUGUUGAAUUUGUUGCCAUAUUUGCAUACCCAGUGAGUGAACUGACAAAUUAUUUUAUAACAUUCCAAGAAAUUAGGGUGUUUUAGUGUUGGCAUAUUUGUACUUAAUCCAAAGGGAAGACUUACAUGGAGUGGAUAAAAGAUUGCAGAAAGCACAAAGUUGCCUCAUCCUAACCUCUGACAAUCCCCAGCUUGUAAAGUGUUGGUACAGUUAAUUUUAGGUACCUUAGUCCUACAUGCCUAAAAGGUAGAAGCUGAUUGUUAGGGGUAAUGAAGGGGCAGUGAACCCUGUGAGUGUGAGAUGGAAUGAGUUGGUAGUUGCCAAGCAACAAGUGACAUUAUUUAAUGGAGGAUAUAAGUACACUUGUGGUAACAGUUGGUAUGGGGAGGGGAGGGGUCAGGUGUGAAUUAAGGGAUGAAAAAUAUUAGUGGUCCUGACAUGCUACCAGAUCCACACCAUAAAUGUAUGCCACCUAUUGCCAGCAGUAAAGGUUAAACUAAGGUGGCUCUGGCAAUAAUAAUUGCUAGUUUACAUGGAAUAGUAUGAAACAUGCAUCCUGCAUGUAAACUUUUUUUACUGUCAUAAUAGAUUUUCCUAACUUUGUAUCAAACUAACCAUGAAUGCUUCCAAUCUGCUACAAUGUAUAGAUUAAUAAUUAAUGAAUAACAUAUUACCAUUAGUUAAGAGCUACCUAUAUGAUUAUUAUUGUUAUGUAUUAUCAUAAUUACAGUAUCUUGUAUAGUUGCCAGGCCAAUUAGUGAUUGAAAAUUUUCUUAUGCAUCCUGUACCCACAUUUAUAUAGAGCUUAAUUACAACCAUCCACAUAGUUUUAAAUAUUUUCGCAAAAUAGUUGUAUGCACUGGUUGUAUCCUUGGUGAUUUUUAUUUAUUGUUAUCUUACAAGUGACCUUAAAAUUAAGCCAUUGCUCACAGCAAAUUGACCUCAUUUACAUAUAUCAUUCCCAAUUGUCAGUAGAAAAUAUGGCCUUAUAGUUGUAGACCAAAUCCAGUGGAAUAUUUCUAUUCUGAAGAGUAGAGGGUAUUUGGGAAGUGAUAAACUGUACAGGAUGGUGAUAAGAAAUAAGAAUAGCAGUAAACAAUUUUGAUUUGUGAUUUAAGGUAUAAAAGCUUCUAUCAGGUGCUUUGUUUUGAUAUUGCUAUUGCAUUUGUUAAUUUGAACUGAUCAGGUAUUACAUAGAAGAAUUUUGAUUAAGCAAAGUUUUCUAUAAAAGAGCAGGGUACAGCAUUGCUUACCAACAAGUUAGGGCCUGAAGUUCUGUCAUGACAUGUCAGUUAGGAUGUGCAAGUAUAUUUAUCCAAAAUAAAAUGAUUCUCGAGUCUGUUAGAAUAUUUUCUUAUAAUUUGUCACUGUUGUAUAAGUACAGUAAUUCUUAUAAGAUAAGAGCAGACUCUAGAAUCUCGGUAGUGAAACAUUUAAAUAUGAAGAUACAGUUCAGUACAGAUUGGGUACAUGAAUAUUUUGGAUUAACAGUAAAUGAAGGUGUGGUUUAUGAGGUGAUAUCUUUAAACUCCAGAAGAAUUUCAUCUUCAGCUGUGAAGGAGGACAAUAGUGUACCGUCCAUUUGUCCAAGACCAAUUUAUCUUGUUUAAAGCCCUCUUGUCUUUUAGGUUGGGGAGUGUGGUAUUGGGUGUUGAAGUUCCUAUUCAGGGGUGAUGUGCCAAGUGCAUUUACAUUAGUGGUAAUGAAAGGAAAAGUAACAAACUGUUUUUACAGAACUAGUGAAUAUGGUAAUGAUAAAUUACUAUGCAUGUAUUUAAGGAUCAGGCAGCAUCCAUUAUGUCCACUUAUUAUAUAUACUUGUGCUGGACUCCAACUGACUGCAAUAAAUGGCCUUGACAAA